AUGAAAAUGGGAUGGGAUUGUAGACUGUCUAAAGCAGUAAUGUAUGGAGAAAAAUCUAUUGGGGGUCUAGGACUAAUAUCACCCUCAAAUAUUUACUAUAUAGAACAAUGUGCUGCUUUAUACAGAUUUGUUAACUCAUCAUCGUCUAUUACUCGUUAUGUGAUGAGAAAAGCAUUACUAGAUGUGGAACAAGCAUUAGACAGCAACAACUAUUUAGAAGAAUUUAUUUUAAAUUUAAUUAACAACAACUGGAAUUGGAUCGAACCAAGAAAUCUAGAUUCUUCAGAAUGGAUAUUAAUCAAGCAAAACAAAACUUCACCAGACAUCAGGCAAGAAUUACUAGCUCAUCUUAGAAGUAAGAUGACACCUAGCUUGAUGGGCAAUUUAGAUAAAAAUAACGAAUGGCACAGAUUGACAUUAAAUUUCUGGUCUAAUCCAACACUUUCACUAUACCAACAAAAGAUAUGCUUUGCAAACUUGCACAAAGCAAUUAGAAUCAAUAAUAUUGAUGACAAAGAACCAAUUAUUUGUGAAUCCUGUAAUACCAGUGCAACUUGGGAUCACAUAUUUUGGGAAUGCUCUCGAUGUAUACACGAACGUACUGAAUGUCAACGGUUAUAUGAUGAAAUCUCACUCACCUAUAACCUUAAUAAGAUUGAAAUCAACACAACAUCAAGCUCCCCAUCAACUCUUACUUUCUCUCCAAAUGGAAUCAUCUUAAAAUCAAAUUACAAAAUAUGGAAAAAGAAAAAGAUCGUUAAAUCAGAAGUUCUAAAUCAAAUUUAUAGAAUUUACGUUCAAUAUGUUGAAAAUUGUUACAAAAAUUCUGAUUGGAACUCAAAACUAGGUCCAAAAAGGAACUACUCUAUCUCAACAAAACAAAAAAACCACCCUACAUCAUGGCAAAUCCACCAACAACUAAGCCAACGAUAA